AUGGCCCUCCGUCAGAGCGCAUCGCCGACGGCGCACCUGCUGCGCAACUCGCGCCUCUUCUCGCUGCCCACGCCCCUGCCGCGGCCCGUCGUGGGCGAGACGUCGGGCGCAGGCGUCACCAAGGCCUCGGACUCGGCCACGCUGCCGUAUCCCACGCACCAGGCCAUCGCCACCACCAAGAGCUCGCUGGCCCGCGGCGACUGGGGCCUCAAGCGCAACCUGCCCGCGCGCUCGCGCAUGCUGCAGACCAGCGACCCCGUGCUGCGCGUCACCCAGCUGGACACCAUCGAGCACGUCACCGACUUCGACUCGGCCGCCGACCAUGUGCGCACCCGCCAGAAGUGGGAGCAGAUGGGCAUCCCCAUGAUGAAGGGCCUGCAGCACCUGCAGGGCCGCGACAUGACCGGCCCGCCGCCCACCAGCGCCUUCGAGACCCGCGACGACACCACCGCCUACAACACCACCGGCCUCGACCAGGCCGGUCUGUUCCUGCGCGCCCUGCGCGACAACAUGCACGCCCGCACCAAGCAAGAGAAGCAGCUGCGCCGCCCGCUGCCCUUUGCGCCUCACCCGCCGCCGCCCGUCUCCGCCGACGUCCACAACACCCGCCGCUGGAAGCACCAGGGCCCGUGGCUGCCCAGCCAGAGCGCCGCCGAGUUCGUCGCCUACCUCGACCGCGAGCUCGCCAAGCACCGCGACGCCUUCUCCGCCCACCUGACCGAGUUCGCCAAGAACGAAAUCUACACCACCCGCGCCGCCGCCGCCGCCCGCUCCGGCGACGUCCCGCCCAUCGACCCGGCCGAGGCCGCCGCCUGGCAGUCCGCGCGCGAAGCCUCGUGGGCCGACAUUUCCCCCGCCGACAUCGCCGCCACCAUCCGCGCCCUGCGCGUCGAAACCGCAAACAACCCCAUCUCCUCGCGCCUGGUCCAGCGCCUCAUCAUCCCCUUCCUGCGCCUCCCCACCCUCCGCCUCAAGCACCGCUCGUACCAGCAAAACGCCACGGGCGGCGACUUUGCCCGCUUCGCCUUCGACUCCGAGACCGCGCCGCUGUCCACCCACCCCUCCGCCGGCCUGACCUACCUGCGCACCCGCGCCCACGUGUCCUCGCACCCCCUACUCGGCCCGCAGGCCCGCCCGCCCCCCGUCGCCGCGCGUGUUCUCCAGCCGCGCGUCACCGCGCACGGCAAAGAAGCGUAUGCCCGCCUGGGUGUCGCGGGCUUCGUUGCAAACGACCAGCUGCGCGCAGACCCCAGCGCGAAAUCCAGAGUCCCCGCCCGCGACGUCGAGACGCUCGACACCGAGACCCCCGGCGGACGGAAAUUGUUCGUCUCGCCGCUCUACGGCGCCGUGAGGAACGACGGCCGCGUCGCGCUGAAGUUGCUCAGGGCGCAGGGCGCGGAGGUCGCGGUUGCGAGGGGCGAGAUGGAGGAUCGGCCGCCUGUGCGCGAUGCGCGUGGGUCCGAUGGCGGGAGGGGGUUCGAGGGUUUGCUGGGGAGGAAUGGGGGGGGGAGGAAGUGGAAACUCAGGGGAAGGGAGGAGAGUGAGGGAGAGGAGGGGAGGAGCGUGUUGGGUGAGGGGAGCGCGCAGGGUAGGGAGUUUUCAAGGCUCAUGGGUAUGGACGGUGGGAGUGAGGAAACCCGCUGCGCGCCCCCGCGCGCUGAUACGCAUCGCAAUCCCGCCAGCCCGCAGUCAGUGAGUGACUCCCAACGCCUCCACACCACGCCCACGCCCCCGCUUCACCGCAUCGAUGCAGUGUCACUCGCUACAGCCGCUGCCCAGCUGCCCUCCGCCCUCCGCCCUCCGCGUCUCAGUCUCCACGCCCCCAUCCCACCACCCCAGUCCUCAGUCCUUAGUCCACGCCACCCGCCUCCUGCUCUCCCUCGCGUUCCACGAACAUCCAGCCAUCCAUCCAUCAUCCGCGGCGCCAGGACCCGCGUUCCUCUAUCGAUAGACCACCCAUUCUCUACUCCACAAUCCGCAGUCCACGGCUUGAAGGGACGCGUCCAGUGCGCUGUGCUUUGUGGGUCUUGCUCUUUGGGCAGGGUGGGAGGUGUGAGGCAGGGUGUGAGGUGUGAGGUGCUGGGGAUUCGGUUGGGACUGGGUGGGUUGGGUAUGCGCGAGUGGUUGGGGGGUGGAGACUGGAGACGCUUGGGGAAGGGGGUGGCGUGA